GUUGAAUUGGCUGCGAAACAAUCGACAAUCGCAGAACAGUUGUUAGCUCGUAGCUGCGGUACGUAAAUAUAUAAGGUAGAAAAAUAGAUAGAUCAUGUUUAAGAAUAUUUUGGGUAUAUUAUUCUUGGGUUUGGUGCACGGUGAGUCCCCUGUUAAUUACAACUACAACCCAACCAGUGGUUUCGGUCUCACCAACAACUAUUUACCGCCAAGAACAGGAAAGCCUCAUAACGGUUAUCUACCCAGUGACGACUCGGUCUCUGGUCCCGAUUACGUCGACGGACAUGUCCAUGAAGUGCCAAAAUCGUAUGAAUUCGGUUAUACAGUAAAGGAUUCUCAUUCUGGUAACGACUACGGCCGCAGAGAGAGGUCCGACGGGCACGAGGUGCGCGGCGAGUACAGGGUGUUCCUACCUGACGGGAGAACUCAGAUAGUGACAUACCACGCGGAUUGGAAGACAGGCUUCCACGCCGACGUGAGAUACGAAGGCGAGGCGACAUAUCCCAUUGUACAAGGUUAUAACUACAACGCGCCGUCAGAUUUCUCUGGUUCGUUAACCGGUUUCCAUGGCAACGAAGUCUCUAAACACCCAGAUUAUGGUCAAACUGGGUAUUAUUGAUUGAACUAAACAAUUCGUGUACAA